UUUGAACCUUUUCAGAGACUCCAUUAGUCUCGUUAUUUUAAGUUUCUUUCCUGGGAGCGAGAAGAUCACGAUUUAUCAACAAGCACCCUGACACCGGGCAGGUUUGAAGAUCUUGCCACUUUUUAGUUUUGCCUUUCUUAUUUUUGGUGGUAAUCCUGAGUGGGGGUACGCUUCAGUAUAUGGCUGUAGGCUAUAUCUAUGAUCUUCGGUGAUGCACUAGGUUCAGCGUUAAAGUCGCCUCGCUAAUAUAAUGAGAAGAAACAUGUGUCAUGAGGAGUGGUUAUGUAGCCACUGAAGUUAAACUUUCAACCACUAGAUGGCGACAGAUUGCUUUCCUUGUUUAAAGACAUUCCCUACCUGAAAUAACUGCUUUCAUCUUCGUGUCUUCUUUGUUUUUCCUUAUUUAACUAUUUGUACAAUGGACUACACACAAAUAGGUUAUCAUUGUAAUAAUAAUAAAGCUUUAUUUGUAUAGCACUUUUCAUACAGCAGGUGCAGCUCGAAGUGCUUUAACACAAUUGCACACACCACAAAUUAAAACAGAACAAGAAAUUCCCCUCAGAUCAGACGACAGUGAGCGGGUCAGAGCGCCAGAGAACAUCAAGCACAAUGGAGGAACCAACCGGCAGAUUAACCCCGAAGAAAGUUGCAGUAGUUGGCGGAGGGUUGGUUGGGGCGCUGAACGCCUGCUACUUCGCCAAAAGAGGCUUUGAUGUGGAAGUCUUCGAAACUCGGGAAGAUAUCCGACAAGCCAAAGUGGUGAAGGGAAGAAGCAUCAACCUGGCUCUGUCUCACAGGGGCCGCCAGGCACUGAAGCAUGUUGGGAUGGAGGACAAGAUUGUCUCCCAGGGGAUCCCCAUGCAUGCGAGAAUGAUCCAUUCCCCAAGUGGGAAACAGUCCCCGAUCCCUUAUGGAAAGAAAGGCCAGUUCAUCCUGUCAGUUGACCGAGCCAACCUGAACAAAGAGCUGCUAACCGAGGCAGAGACAUAUCCAAACAUGAAGAUGAACUUUGAUCACAAACUCAAGGAUUGGAGUCCUGAAACAGGGCUAAUGACCUUCACCAGGUUGGAUGGGUCUCAUGAUCAGAUCCAGGCUGACCUGAUUGUAGGCUGUGAUGGAGCGUUCUCCGCCAUCCGCAAGCAGUUCCUCCGCCGCAGCCGCUUCAACUACAGCCAGACCUACAUCCCCCACGGAUACAUGGAGCUCACCAUGCCGCCUGUCAACGGAGAGUUCGCAAUGAAGCCUGGUUAUCUGCACAUCUGGCCAAGAAAUACAUUCAUGAUGAUCGCCCUGCCCAACUCGGACAAGACAUUCACCUGCACCCUGUUCAUGCCCUUUGACGAGUUUGAGAAGAUCACCACAGGAGAUGAAGUCAUGGAGUUUUUCCAGGAAUACUUCGCAGACACCAUACCACUGAUAGGAGUUGAUGCUCUCAAGAGGGAUUAUUUCCGACUGCCUGGGCAGGCCAUGGUGUCUAUUAAGUGCUCCCCGUACCACAUUGGGGAUAAAUGUGUCCUCAUGGGCGAUGCCGCACACGCAGUGGUGCCUUUCUACGGGCAGGGGAUGAACGCUGGCUUUGAGGACUGCAUUGUGUUCGACGAAAUAAUGGAGCAGCUCAAUGAGGAUUUCAGUGCUGUCCUGCCUGAGUAUACCAGAGUGCGAGUUCCAGACGAUCACGCCAUCGCAGACUUGGCCAUGUACAACUACAUUGAAAUGAGAGCCCAUGUCAACUCAAAGUGGUUCCUUUUCAGAAAACAUCUCGAUAACUUCCUCCACUUCUUCCUGCCAAAUACAAUAGUUCCACUUUACACAAUGGUCACUUUCACCAGGACAAGGUACCAUAAGGCUGUGGACCGCUGGCAAUGGCAGGACAAAGUGAUAAACCGCGGCCUGCUGUUCGGUGCGACAGGAGCUGUUUUGGGAGGCUCCUACCUUCUCUUUAAAAAUCCUCCUGAUAUCAACAAGCUCAUCAUCCCCACUGAGAAGAUGUGGGCCAGGCUCAUGUCCCUCUGGACCUCCUGAGACCCGGCUCCGAUCUGACAGACAAGUGCAAGGACUGCAGCAUCAAACAAGAGAAAUGAGAGAAUCCAUAUUGUGAAAAGAGUUUGAUUGAAUAAUCUUAUAACCACAAUGAAGGCUCUGCCAGCCUAUACAUGUUGGUGAAUAGUGACUGUCCUAACCUACUGUAACUAAUACAAGUUAUAAAGAUUGAUAAUUAUAUCAAAUGUAUUCUCUGUUUAACUGAUUAUGUUACUGAAUAAGCCCAACGUUUUUUAUUAUUUCCAUGCAUCAUCAUUUUCACAAUUUUCAAUUUGAGAACAAAAUAGUUGUAAACUCAUGUGAGAUAUUCCAUACAUUUCUAAUAAAUGCCUCAUUGUUACUGUUA